CACAGUGCUGAGUGCACACAAGAACAAGCAGUGUUAUGAUGCUGCACGUGAAUUUAUAUUAAAUGAACAGCUGCAUCCACGAGAUAAAGUUUGCUGACGAAUCGCAGAUCAAGGAUCUUGCUUUUUAGGUUAUAAUCGGUUGCGUUACACAGCCACAAAGCUGGGCAAGUUUAAAAACAGGAGGGUAUCAUUGCUGUCACAUCGACACCGACGACGGCUGGUGGUGAGUCCUUCAGAGCUAACAUUAGCUACCACUAACCAAUAGCAUUGGUUAUACAGAUGCAACAAAUUAAGCAGCCGUGACUUUUAUUUUAUUCAAACAGAAGAAAAACAAAUUCAGUGUCAACAAAUGUAUCGCCUUGGAAUUGUAUGAUAAACAGUCCAACCUUUUGGAAAAUUGGGUUCGUGUCUUGUACGCUGUUUGUUUGAUUUGUUGACCGGGGUAACAGAGGCGGGGGUGGUUCAGGUUCUGACCAACCAUAGAGCUUCUAAGUAAAACCCCGCCUUUCGCACUCGCCUAGAUUCUUUUAUCGAACGCACUUCCGCACUCUGACCAGACAAAAGGGGAUGCUUAAGGUAGUAUGUGUCACGUCAAAUUAUAAACAAACACCCAUUACAAAUGUUUUAAAUUUGGAUUAAGAACAGAUUCCUGUGUAUUUCUAAAGUGCAACACCUGCCUCACUGCACCAUAUUUCAGCAUAGCUUUUUUCACCGCCGGCAGUUUCAGCUCCACCUUAACAAACCGAUGUCAGCUUUCAUGCAGUUUUUUUGCAUUGACGUCAACCGCAUACAGCACGAAACAGAGGCUUUCUUCUUAUUUCGUAUGCCUGAGUCAGAAUAUGGACAGAAAGCCAGACACUGGUAACACUUUUAAACCAAUCUGACUGCGACAGUUGAUGAUUUAUCUCCCAUCACUGUGAGGAAGAUACUGCGUCCAAGGAUAACCGCAACACAACCACCGGUAAAGGAAUGACACAUUCAUUCUGCAGCAGCUGAUAGCUGUUGUUAUUCAAAAUAGAUGGAGUGGGUGUUGGGGUGAAACACCAUUAUGUCCAAAAAAGAUUACAAUGCAACAUUUGUGUAUCCAUCAAGAGUGUGCAUGUCUGUUAAGAAGCCAGAGUCUUUGUGUGGAUGCUAGGCAAGGUUUAUAAGCCAGAGCGAGGAGAGAUUUUAAGAGACAAGCCUGGGAUGGACAGGACAAGUGCUUCACUCUGUUAGUUUUAAUUGUGACAAUUAUUAUAUUUUUACUUCUUCCUCAACCUGCUGUUUAUUUAUGUCUGUAUGCCACAUUGUCUCAUUAUUAUUCCCUGAGGCAUGAGAGCAGAUUGUUCCCUCAGUGUUUUUGUGGUCCAUUGUGUUUUGGAAAAUGGGACCCGCCAGGCAGCUGUGGUGAAAUAUGAGAUGAUUCUCUGUGGGCAGUGCAGAGUAGUUGAAAGAGUGCAUCUGAACAGAUGACAACAUAAUUAUGAAGCAUUUAUACUAAAUUAAUUGUGUAUUUAGCCAGAGAGAGACCUGCACUCAACUUAAGAAGACUCAAUUAUAUGUGUGUUGUGUUUUUAGCUUAAGUGUUUUAUUAAUUGGCCUCAAACUGAUCAAUAUUCUUCGAGUCAGUGGUGGCUGCCUGUGUGUUCUCAUAGACUUGUGUUAUCGUCAAAUAACUUCCUCCUUAUAUAUACACAAACAUGAAUAAUGAAUUUAAAAUGAAAAGCAUCACCAGAGGGCACUUAAGGAUAUUUUAACCAUACAUUAUGUGGAGGCUCUCCAUGAAAGAAGUUUGGAAUAACUGGCUUAUACCUUUCAAACCCAUUAGCUUCUGCUCAUAUGCCCUUUUCUUCACACCUGUAAUGUAUCCAAUUCAGUAUGUUGGAGUCAAUAUUAUUUUCCUGAUGUGUGUUUACUGUUUAGGCCUGUGAUGUACCAUCUAGUAUUAGCAUUAGUGCAUCCUAAAUAAUAUUCAUCAGACUACAACUCCUACGAUAACGCGUGACAAGGGUUAUGCAACAUUUUGAAGUGCGUUCUCCAUCAGAGAGCCUGUUGGAUGAGAGUACAAGGGAAAGGGCUAACUCAGGCUACAUCCUCCUCUCCUCCUACCCUGCCUAACCAAAGGCUGCAGCUGGGGUGAGGUUUGGGGGUUUCACAGCUAAUUCUGGUGGAAAUACACUUGAUAACGGGAGUCAUUGCAACUAAAUAAACCACGACUGUCCAAUAGAUUAGAAGCAUGCAUUGAUACAAACCAGUAGAGUAUGAGUAAUAAUGACACCCGGGGUCAAAUAUUCAGGCCAGCCAACCUACUACACUUUGUAACUGUACUGAGAUUUCUGUCAUGGUAGUUGGCUUCCUGCCACAGCUGUCAGGACAGUCACUAUCACAGAAACAAUAGGUACAAUGAUUGCUCAGGACCCCUGUCAUAACACCUCCCAGCAGAUCAAGUAAGCGUUGCAGCUGCGGCCAAGGCAAGAGCCAGCAACGUCCAGCACCAUGAUGGAGGGGGGGAUGCAGCUGCUCAACCGCGAUGGCCACAGCAUCUCACACAACUCUAAGCGCCACUACCACGACUCCUUCGUGUCCAUGAACCGGAUGCGACAACGUGGCCUGCUGUGUGACAUUGUGCUGCAUGUCUCUAACAAAGAAAUCAAGGCGCACAAAGUGGUGCUGGCAUCCUGCAGCCCCUACUUCCAUGCUAUGUUUACCACUCUCAUUCUGUGCGUUCGUGCAGACGAGAUGUCGGAGAGUCGGCAGACCCAUGUGACCCUCCAUGACAUCGACUGUCAGGCUCUGGAGCAGCUGGUCCAGUAUGCCUACACAGCAGAAAUUGUGGUUGGGGAAGGAAACGUGCAGACGCUGCUCCCAGCAGCAAGCCUGCUGCAGCUCAACGGGGUGCGGGACGCCUGCUGUAAGUUCCUCCUCAGCCAGCUGGACCCCUCCAACUGCCUGGGCAUCCGAGGCUUCGCUGACACGCACUCCUGCAGCGACCUGCUCAAGUCCGCACACAAGUAUGUCCUGCAGCACUUUGUGGAGGUUUCCAAGACAGAGGAGUUCAUGCUGCUGCCGCUAAAACAGGUCCUGGAUUUGAUCUCCAGUGACAAUCUCAAUGUGCCAUCAGAAGAGGAAGUGUACCGGGCUGUGUUGAGCUGGGUGAAACAUGAUGUAGAUGGACGUAGGCAGCAUGUACCUUGGCUGAUGAAGUGUGUGCGGCUGCCACUGCUGAGGCGCGACUUUCUGAUGAGCAACGUGGAUACAGAGCUGUUGGUGCGUCACCACUCUGAGUGCAAGGACCUUCUGAUCGAGGCUCUAAAGUACCACCUGAUGCCCGAGCAGAGAGGGGUCCUCGGCAACAGCCGGACGCGCCCACGACGCUGUGAGGGCGCUAGCCCUGUGCUCUUCGCCGUUGGUCAGUGUGCCCCUGAAGGUGGUGGCAGCCUGUUUGCCAUUCAUGGAGACUGCGAGGCGUAUGACACCAGGACUGAUCGCUGGCACAUGGUGGCGUCCAUGUCCACUCGGCGUGCACGGGUGGGAGUGGCAGCCAUUGGGAAUAGACUUUACGCUGUUGGAGGGUAUGAUGGCACCUCAGACCUCGCUACUGUAGAGUCCUACGACCCCAUCACUAACUCCUGGCAACCUGAAGUUUCCAUGGGAACAAGGCGGAGCUGUUUGGGUGUAGCGGUCCUGCAUGGCCUGCUGUACGCUGCUGGAGGUUAUGAUGGAGCUUCCUGCCUUAAUAGUGCAGAGCGUUACGACCCUCUGACCAGUACCUGGACAUCCAUUGCUGCCAUGAGCACCCGUAGGAGAUAUGUCCGAGUAGCAACUCUGGAUAGCAGCUUGUUUGCAGUGGGAGGUUACGACAGCUCCUCACAUCUCGCAACAGUGGAAAAAUAUGACCCCCAGAGCAACACAUGGACAGCCAUUGCCAACAUGCUGAGUCGGCGCAGCAGUGCCGGGGUGGCCGUGCUGGACGGCAUGCUGUAUGUCGCAGGAGGCAACGACGGCACCAGCUGCCUGAACUCUGUGGAGCGGUUCAACCCCAAGGCCAACACCUGGGAGGGAGUGGCCCCCAUGAACAUACGCAGGAGCACCCAUGACCUGGUGGCUAUGGAUGGCUGGUUGUACGCGGUGGGAGGUAACGAUGGCAGCUCCAGUCUCAACUCCAUCGAGAAGUACAACCCACGCAGCAACAAAUGGGUUGCGGCCUCCUGCAUGUUCACACGGCGCAGCAGCGUUGGCGUGGCUGUGCUGGAGCUGCUAAACUUCCCCCCUCCCUCUUCACCGACCCUCUCGGUUUCCUCAACAAGCCUUUGACACGGGGUCACCGCUUGGCUGCCCUCAGCCUCUGCUGCUACAGCCCAGACUGGCUCUGGGAAGAGACGCAACUGCUCUGUUUAAGAUGGGGAGGAGGUGAGAAGUGGACAGGUAACUGGAUGGAUGGAGGCUCCUGGCUUUGUUAAUGUACAGUUUCCUCCAGAAUUAGUGGCACAUGAUGAAACUUUAAUUGAAAAAAAAAAAACGUGUUUAUGUGCCCAGUAUUCUCAAAUAACAUUACUUCUUCUAAGUUCUACACAUAACUAUUAAUUUUUCAUAAAAAUGUAAGAUUCACCAAGAUUUUAAUAUCAUCGUCAAACCAAUUUUACUGCUCUUUACCAAGUUUGCCAUUAAUUCUGAACUGCACUGUAUUUAGUCUGGAUGCCAGAAACUCCAGUGUACAGCUCCACCGUACAGAUACCAGUUCCUGCUCUCUUUAAGAUGUUCCUGGAUGUGUUACAUUGACCGAUCUUUCCUCAAGCUCCACUUUAUUUCCCACCACUCUAGUGUUUGACACACUCAUUGUGAAACGUGGCGGGCACCUAAUUGUGUGUGAUGUAAAUGUUUUUUGGUUUGUUGUCCUUUGCAAUAUUUUUCUUUUGAACAGGAUUUUUGCAAUAAUGUACAAAAAAGAGAAAGUGAAUGAUUUUACUUUUGGAAUGUAGCUGUUGACUCGGUAUACCAUGCAUGUUUACAUAUCGGCAUCAACUCCCAACAGGAGAAUAAAAUGUUGUAGUGCUCCUAUGCCACACUAGGUGGCAGAAACAGGCAAUGUGAUAAACCCCUCCUACACUGCAAGAAAGCAUGCUCACAGACAACAGAGAAGUUAGGCCCUCAGAACUAUGAGUUUAAACCCUUUUUUUUUUAUAAACAGAGAAUAAUUAUAUAGAAAUAUGUGUAUUUAUAAAAUGUAUACAUUCUAAUAUAUUCUGAUUUAAAGAUGCUUGAAGAAGGAAACAGAUAAGACCUAUGCCUAUUUAAGAGUGUUUUAAUAUAUUUAUUUAGGUGUGUGAAGUGCAUAUCUUUAACAGAGAAGACAAAGAGAAUGUCCAAGUAUGAGUGAGGUUGGAGUUUCUCCUUAUUAAGGGGAAUGAUUGUUGCAAUUUGAAAUGAAGCAUUUGAUUUACAUUUCUUCAUGUUUCUUCGCUGCCACAAGCAUGAUCGCACAUGAAACUGUACCUUAUGUCUGCUACAUUUGUGCAAAAAUAAUUUAGAUGCUUGUGGAACUACAGACUAGUUAAUGAAAUUACUUUACAUUGUCUUUAUUCCUACUUAUUUAUUUAUUUAUUUUGAAAGUGGACAUGAAGGUGGAUUUAAUCCUUGGACCCAUGACAGUUCAACUUGACAUUGAAGCAGUUACUAGUUUACCUACUGUAUACCAACACUUGACACUAAUGAGUAAUGCUGUUGACACUUGGUGCUGUCAUAUUUCAUUCCAUACAUAAUCAAGAGUGGUGUCUUGUUAUAUUACCUCAUUGUUGAAAUUGAUCCAACUCUAUUUAGAAACAACAGUACAAUUAACAACAAAUAUACUGGCUAUAGAAAAUGUGGUGGGUGACUUGGGAAUGUCGCACUGAACUUGCAUUGUCUAAAAUAAAUUGAUUACUUUGAGUCGUCUAGACUCAGUUAAUGCCUGAGUUCAGUUCAGUUCGUGUGUAGCGCAGUGAUACUAUUCCAAACUUCUGAGAAGUUGCCUUUUUUUUAAAGGAUUUUGUUGAUCCGGUUCCGUUAAUCUAUAACUACCUUACUUUUUAUUUGUUUGAGUGGACACAUUAGAAUAGAUGGUCUUACAAACAUUCUGAUAUUCUGUAAAAGUCGCUGUGGAUCAGGGCAAGACUUUGAGUAGAAAGGCAGAGAAAACCAUAUAAGACUUUUGCCUCCAUUCUGCUGAUUGAACUGUAAAUACAAAAGUUGCUCAUCUUAAAUCCGUUUGUGCAAUUCCAAUGUGACUGUAGCUUUUUUGUGUUCAAUGUGGUGAUACUUGUUUAUUUAUGGUAUGUUUGUAAUUUAUGAGGAACUUUAAAAUAUUGCAUUUUGCACUGUUGCGAAAUGGAGCAAUACACUGUAAAAAAAAUGAAAUAAAGACGUUUUCUGAUGUGA